GGGCGUAGUAGUUAGUAGUAGUAGCAACGAUCUUUAUUUAGUAUCCACGCGUGGCUGCGCGGCUUGUCAUUCACAACGUAGACGAAUCUCUAUGUUUCGCGAUCGCGUAUUUCCUCGAAAGCCAAUGUUACAAAUUGUUAAGUGCCUUAAUUAAUUCUUCCACUUGUAAAUAAUAUAUAAGAAACUGAUGAAAUGGAUCUUUUACUUAUAAAUGAUUAUUUGAAGACAUAUUCUGGCAGAGACAAAAUAUUAAGAACCCUUUCUUAUUCGGCAAAGUUACUUACUGUAUGUACUUCAUCUAAGAAUACUGAAAAAAAACUUAAGACCUUUGGAAGUCAAAUGAGUGAAUGCAGAAUGAUGUUGCGCUUAUUAGAUGAUCUUCCAAUGCUUCACUGCAUCAUGACAUAUGGAUGGGGGAAAAAGGAACCUGACUGGUUGAUUAGAUGGAGUCAAGUGAUACAAAAUGUAGUAGACAUAAUUUAUUCUCCUAUAGAGCACAUUUCUUGGGCUGGUCAGCAUAAUAUCAUAUCAAUUAAUAUUGACAAAUGGGAUGUCGCUACAACUUGGUUUUGGAUAGUUUCUUUACAUCUGUCCUUACUUAGGUCACUAAGAUUACUCAAAAACCUUCAGAAGUAUAAAACAGAUUUGAAAAAAAGUAAUCCUGAUGCACAAAACACAUUGAAAGAGAUCAACGAGCAACGACAGAGUGCAUUAUUGGUAUGCACACGUCUUGCUCUGGAUAUUACCUAUGCAAUUAGUUACUUACCACCAGGCAUACUUUGGGGAGGCUGUUUAAGAACAUGGCAUGUUGGUGCACUUGGCACAAUAUCAUCGUUAAUCGGGCUUUAUCAGGCUUUUAGCCAACGACUAAAAAGUUGAAAAGUUGUUUUAGAUAAGGAAGUUUUAUUGUUACAUUGAUUAUUAAAAAUAUGAGAUGUAGAGCUGUAUAUAUUAUGUAUAAUAGCAUCAAAUUAUUAAUAUAUAUUUAGGUUUAUACACAUAAUAUAUAUUACUUUAUAUAUUUCAUCGACAAAUGUAAAUUUUGCUAUAAAAUUAAAAGAAAUACACAAAGUAUUGUAUGUAUAUAAAUAAUAUACAAAUAUAUAAAUAUGUAUAAUAAGGAAA